GUGUGUGUGUGUCUUUGUGUUGUGUGUGUGUGUCAUUAUUAAUUCUUGUCUCGUUCUGUUGUCACAGCGGACGCCCACCAUGAGCUGCUGACAUCAUCCCCCCACCCCCACCCUCCCCUCCUCAACCUCUGAUAAAAUGUCCCCAUUUGAUUGGUCGUCACCAUGGCGACCACUGCCCCUGAUGCCGCUGCUCAUCCUCACUUCCUGUUUCCUGUCCGAGGCAGCUUUGUCCACGAACUUCCCCAAAGACCUGGAGCCAAUUAACGUGGUCAUCUCGGAUCAGUCGUAUCAUUAUCCAAGUUUUCAGGGUCUACCUCGGGACAACGAGACACUGCGUCUGGGCCUCGACUUUCAGAGGAUGUUACGCCUCAACCACAUGUUGUACAUCGCUGCCAGGGAUCACGUGUUUGCGGUGAAUCUGACGAUGGCAGCGGACCAGUUGAUUCCUCAGCUGAAGCUGACGUGGAAAUCUAAAGACGUGAGCAAGUGUACGGUGCGAGGGAAGAACAGCGACGAAUGUUACAACUACGUUAAAGUUCUGGUGCCAAGAAACGACGAAACACUUUUCACCUGCGGUACCAACGCUUUCCACCCCACCUGUCGAAAUUACAAGAUGACGUCGUUGGACCAGGUGGGGGAGGAUGUGGUGGGACAGGCCCGCUGUCCCUUCGAGUCUCAUCAGUCCAACGUGGGACUGUUCGCAGGGGGCGACUUCUACUCGGCCACCAUGACGGACUUCCUGGCGAGCGAUGCCGUCAUCUACAGGAGCCUGGGAGACGACCGACCCGUCCUCAGGACCGUCAAGUACGACUCCAAGUGGCUCCGAGAGCCUCACUUCCUGCACGCCAUUGACUACGGAAACUAUGUCUACUUCUUCCUGAGUGAGAUGGCGGUGGAGUACACGGCUCUGGGAAAGGUGGUGUUUUCUCGCGUUGCUCGUGUUUGUAAGAAUGAUAAUGGAGGAUCUCCCCGAGUUCUGGAGAGAUACUGGACGUCUUUCCUCAAGGCUCGUCUGAACUGUUCGGUUCCUGGAGAUUCGUUCUUCUACUUCGACGUUCUUCAGUCUCUCACCAACGUUCUGCAGAUCAACCAGAGACCUGCUGUGGUUGGAGUCUUCACCACUCAGGCCAACAGUAUCCCUGGAUCUGCAGUUUGUGCGUUUUACAUGGACGACAUCGAGAAAGUCUUCAAUGGAAAAUUCAAGGAGCAGAGGACCAGCGACUCAUCCUGGACACCGAUUCCUGAUGAGCAGGUUCCCAGACCGAGACCUGGUGUGUGUGCAGGCGACGGUUCGGCUGCAGAAUACAAGUCGUCUGUUCAGUUUCCAGAUGAGACACUAACUUUCAUCAAGUCGUAUCCUCUGAUGGACGAAGCUGUUCCCUCCCUCAACGACCGGCCUUGCUUCACCCGCACGUCCAGCAGGUCCAAGUUGACUCAGAUCGUUGUGGAUGUUUUGGCCGGUCCCUUUAAAGACCGCAUUGUCAUGUUCCUCGGCUCAGACGACGGACGAGUCCUAAAGGUUUUGGCGAGCAUGCAUCCCAACGACAGCUUCGGCUCCAAGCUGCUGGAAGACAUCGACGUUUACAACCCGUCCAAGUGUAACGUUCAGGAUCAGGAGGACAGGAGGGUUCUGGGACUGGAGCUGGAUAAAGACCAUCAUGCUUUGUUCGUCGCCUUCAGCAGCUGUGUGAUCAGAACACCGCUAAGUCGCUGUCCUCAACACGGGCCGUGUAAAAAAGCCUGUCUGGCCUCUCGUGACCCAUACUGCAUCUGGCUGCGGACCGGGAGUUGUGCCAACAUGGCGCCGGGUUUCAAGUCGGGGUUUGAGCAGGAUAUCGAGGGCGACCACUCGCUCCUCGAUGACGGCUGCCAGGGUGACGUUUUCGUUAUGACACGAAACCAAGAGUCCGGAGUUGACUCCGCCUUCGGUGUUCAUCGUCUUCCAGAUAUGGACCAACGCGCCGCAGCUAACGUCCACUAUACACUCCUGAUUGCUUGCGUGUUGGUGGCUUUCUUCUUGGGCGCCAUCUUGUCAGGCUUUAUGAUGUCAUGCUACUGCGGACGCAGUGCCGCUCACCGGGCACGGCGGCUAGGAAAAGACCCUGAGAUGUCACUGCCUCACGCUCUGUCGCUACGAUCUCUCGCCAAGCUCAACGGUCUGCUGGAGGGAGCGCCGAAGGAAGACAAACUGGACGUGUCAACUCCAAAGAUGUACAGCUCCUUUAUCCCGAACGGACGCUCCGAACCUCAUUUGCACAGCCCCGGACACCAGGGCCUGUCGCUGGGAGACCCUGAGCUCAACGUGUCGCAGGUGAGACAGUCUUUGUCGCAGACGGAUGGUGAGCUGUCCGGUCUGCCCACGCCAGACUCCACCCCCCAGCUGCCCAUCAAGAACAUGAAGGCGCUGCAGCAGCAUCAGUACGAGAAGAACCAAUACUUCAACAACACAAUGGCCAAAAACCCCAAGUCUGGAUCCAGUCUGGGUUUUAUGGCCGUCGUCGGAAACUCUUUCACACCGCAGGUGUUUCCCUACUCACAUCACCAUGGCAACAGUCUGAGCAAUGGAGCAGCCCACGGAACCGGCACUUCUUCAACAUCGCUGCACCUCCCUGAGGAGAGAGACACCUUGAAUGAGGAGCGAGCAGUGACAGCAAGAGGAGGAGGAGGAGGUGGGGGAGGAGAGGGAGGAUCAGAAGGCAGAGUCUACCAUCAUCACCAUUCGCAGCUGUCUCUUGCACAGACGGUGGUGGACGUGUCGGCGCUUGACGAGCUGCUCAAGCACAUCCACGAGGUCAGUGCGUCAGGCACCGGUGGCAUCAAGGUCCUCACCUCCAUCUCCUCGUCCUCGCUGUUUCCUGGGCCGUCGUCCUCUGGGGGGCAACAUCAUCCCCUUGAUCAGGGUCACCAGACGCACACCCACCACAACAACCACAGCCAUCACCAUAGCAACCACCACUGCAUCAACAGCAACUGUGGAGGUUGUCGUCACCACCAGCAGAAGAUCCCAGAGACUGAAUGUGCGUUGUACAACAGCACCGCCGCGCUGCCGAGGGACGCCCUUCCCAAACGUUUGGACGCACCCUCCCAAAAUUCUGCCUCCUCCUUCGCCACCUCCUCUUCUUCCUCCUCUUCAUCCUCUAACAAUCCUACUUCCUCCACAUCCAUUCCUUCUGCCUCCUCUUCCUCCUCCUCCACACCGCUCCAGCCAAAGGGGAUCCCAGAGAGAUUUGGAGGAAGCAGUGUCUCUGUGGCACGCCACCACUCCCAACGCCACUCGCUAAUCAAAAUGGGCAGUGGGGGAGUUGCUGUUCCCCGUCACCACAGCUUCAACCAGCGGGGGGCACAGCAUGCUAACUUUCUAGCCAGGAUGAACACCAACAGCAGCAGCAAUGGCCCCCCGGCCAGAAACCACUGUGAGAGCCAGCGGCCGUCGGUCGCCAGCACCUGCCUGACGCGGCAGCACAGUUACACCGAGGGGCCACACGUGCAGCGGGCAGCGAUCGUCCGGAGAACGGCUUCGCUCAAACCUCAAGUCCCGCCUAAACCCUUGUUCCUGCCAAACACAGCGGCAUCAGCAACAGAGGUGGGAAAAUACAACUACUGAAACUGUGAGAGGAGGUGGUGCCAUGAUGGUUGCUGCCAUCCUCUCUGAGUGAAACACCCGACACGCUGCUGCCACAUGACAAAACAAGAGCGUUGAUGGGACGAAAGCCACAGAGGACUCAUCAGAGCUUCCUGUGGCCCCUUAUUGUGACUCUUUAGUUGUGGUGAUUUUCCUGCCGCUGAGACAAGGGCCAGCGCCGCCACCGCCUCAGUGCUUCAUAACCACUGGAUCGAGUCAUGAACAGAACGGCACUGAGCAUCGAUAAACAUCGACAGGAAACAUUCCAGCAGUGAAGGACAUUGAUGAUUCAGCCCUGACGUGACGAGAGAGCCGAUCUACCGUCUCCGCUCGCCGCAGUCAGACAAGAGUCACCAAGAGUCAGACUGCGGCGGCCGGACGUGACCUGAAUCCACGACCGCAAGAACGUUUCUCCAGGACAUCAAUCAAACAAUUUGUGUUCAAACAGAGAAAAAUACUCUCAAAUAAAGUUGUUUGUUUCUGAAAACGUGAAAAUGAAAGAAAAACUGGAAAAAAAUGAGCGACAUCAUCGUUUCUGAAGUUUGAAAGAGUUUAAUGAAUCAACAUGUCAACGAGAGAAAGAGAAGUGAGAUCAAACGUGCUUCAUUCAAUUCAUUUUUGUUAAAUUAGUUUAAUUGAUCCUUGUUAAUUACUAAUUUACCUCAAACGAUUUAAGUUGUCUCUUUAACCUCAGAGCAGAUUUUUUCAUAAAUCAGCUUCGACAAAAUUAGUUGAGAAAAGAAACUUUUGUAAAGUUUGAUCUUUUCUUCGAAGCAUUUUCUCUCUCCUGGUUUCUAAAGUGACGUCCCGUUGUCAAGACAACCUGACGUUCUGAAGUCCAGAGACAAAUGACCGAGGUUUGUUCGUUUUCACGAAAUGAAGUUGAGUCAGUUAAUAAAGUUUUACUGAAUGUUUUUUGUCAUGUUUAAAAUAAGAAAAUAAGCAAUAAACAUCAUUUUAGGCAGUCAACACAACCGUAGUUUAACGUGUUUAAUCUGAAAUCAGUGAUGACAGUAUUAAUUAUCGACUGUUCACAUGAGAAGAGAAAAUCCUAUUUGACUCCAUCGGGUUUUAGUUCAGUGAACAGGAUUUUAAAACUUAAACUUUUCAUCUGAGCGGCUUUAAAAACCAAAACAAAGAUUUGAUCACAUUAUUAAUCUCUGGAUCUUCGAGUUUCACUAAGAUAAGAACAUAUGAAAUGAAUCAUGAAUUCUCUGAUAAUUUAGAUAAAACUGACGUUUGUGUUUGUGGUCAUUCCAACGUCUGAAUUCAAACAUCCAUGAUAAACAUGGAGUAGAAUUAAAUCUGCUGGUCGAUGGCGUGACAACUCGUCGCUUGUUAUUCAGGAGACAUUUCUCUCCGGGUGCUGUGGAAAAAAAACACUUUGUAUUAUAAAAGGUUUUUCUGACGACCAGAAUGACAAUGUAAUAAUUUCACUUUACUGCUGUUAAUAAUCAAUGUGUAUAAAGGCCACAGUGGAACAAUA